AUGGAAGGCACAACAACAUCCUCGCAACGCCGGAAAUCGCUGACCAAGCCUACUACGACUACGCAUUCAACUGCUGCUGCUACUCCAUUGGCGUCGUCAUCAGCUCAAAGGAUCCUUGGCAGACGAAUCAAGCUCAAGACUGCUUCGAAUGAAGAGAUCGAGGGACGUAUUUACGCAUUGGAUCGCUUAACCAACUGUAUUGCACUUGAUAUCCUUUUUAUUGUUAUUAUCAUGCUCACCACACACAAUGCAGCCGCACAACAAGGUCGAAAACAGCUUUCAUUUCGUAUCAUUAAAAUAUCCCACAUCAAAGAGGUGUUAUCGAACCAAGAGGACGCGCCUGCCGACUUUUUACCUAUCAACCAUGUGGAUACCAGUCGAUUGGAUGCACGCGAAUCGAGCGGUGUGAAGAAUAUGCGACAACGGGUAGCCAAAAUGGGUGUGGGUGUCACCAAAGAAGCACAGGAUAUAUUUGACGCACUCAGUAAAACGUUACCAUGCCGUUGGUCAAAUGAUACCAUUGUUGUCCUGGAUGAGGUCUUGAUUCAGCCACCCUAUGAUGUCGAUAGUUGCAAAGCCAAUUCUUCUUCAGCAUCCUCCUUGGCACGUGUCAAAAAAGUGUUGGAAGGUGAAAGGAGACGUCUGGAAAGAAAACAAUGA